UGUUCCCGGUGUAAUUUAAAUACUUCCUGUUAUCACUAUGGAUGCCUCUACUCUGGAACUGGAUGCGGUGAAGUUUGCCAAACUGGCGGUAGUGUAUGACCAAGCUGGAAAAUAUAAGGAAGCUGUUUUUUAUUAUAAGGAAGCUGCUCAAGCCCUGAUUUAUGCUGGCAUGGCUGGUUCAACUCUGGAAAAUAUCCAGGACAAAAUAAGGGAGUAUCUGGAAAGAGUAGAAGCUCUUUACAAUGCAGUUCAGGCACAGAAUUCUGACCCAUUAAAAACCAAGCAUCACCUUGACCUUGAGCGGGCCCGUUUCCUCGUUACGCAGGCGUUCGAGGAAGAUGACAAAGGAAACGCAGAAGAGGCCAUUGAGCUGUACUCGGAAGCUGUCGAACUGUGUUUGACAACGUCUAAUGAUACUACAGAUCAGAACCUGCAAGCAAAACUCAAGCAGCUGGCUCGACAAGCUUUGGAUAGAGCUGAAUCCCUAAAAGACUCAAUGACAAAAACCGCUGCUAAAGACAAAACAGUUGCCUCCAAACCAAACCAGCCAACAAGGAUGUUCUUCCCGUUGGGUCAAGACUUUAGCUUAAACGAUAAACCACAGUCUCUACGACCGGCACUAAGCAGCGAUUCCCCUCGACAAAAGUAUACAGCAGAGGAAAUAGAAGUGCUCAGGAAAACGUCCAAGAUAAAUGGCAUUGAAUACGUGCCUUUUAUGAGUGUUGAUCUGCGGGAGCGGUUUGCCUUUCCGAUGCCAUUCUCGGACAAAUUUGGUAAAUUGGCACUAUCCCCCAAACAGAAAGCCAUAUUCUCCAGGUGGGUGAGGCCUGAUGACAUCACAAACAACCCUACAAUGAUCUACACUGUGUCGAGUUUCAGUAUCAAGCAGACAAUCGUGUCCGACUGCUCCUUCGUGGCUUCCUUAGCCAUCAGUGCAGCUUAUGAGAGGCGUUACAACAAAAAGCUCAUCACGAGCAUAAUCUUCCCACAGAAUAAAAAAGGAGAACCAGAAUAUAAUCCGUGCGGAAAAUAUAUGGUGAAACUGCACAUCAAUGGAGUCCCUAGAAAGGUUAUUAUAGAUGACUAUCUGCCUGUGGAUCACAACGGAGAACUUCUAUGUUCGUACUCAAACAACAAGAAUGAGUUAUGGGUGUCGCUGAUAGAAAAGGCGUACAUGAAAGUAAUGGGAGGAUAUGAUUUCCCAGGGUCAAAUUCGAACAUUGACCUGCAUGCACUCACGGGAUGGAUUCCAGAGAGAAUUGCAAUGCACUCUGACAAUCAAGCCUUCGACAAGGAAAGUACUUUCAGAAUGCUCUACCAAAGAUUUCACAAAGGUGAUGUCCUAAUUACUACAGCCACAGGGAUGAUGUCCGAAGAGGAAGGAGAAAAAUGGGGUUUAGUUCCCACACACGCCUACGCUGUCUUAGACAUAAGGGAAUACAAGACACACCGGUUCCUUCAGCUGAAGAAUCCUUGGAGUCAUUUACGUUGGAAGGGACGUUUCUGUGAGAAAGAUGAAAGAAGCUGGACUCCGGAAUUGCAGAAAUAUCUAAACUUUGACCCGAGAACCGCACAGAAAAUUGAUAAUGGUAUCUUCUGGAUCACAUGGGAUGACCUGUGUCAGUACUACGAUGUGAUCUACUUGAGCUGGAAUCCAAGCCUCUUUAAAGAAUCAACAUGCAUUCACAGUACGUGGGAUGCUAAGCAGGGUCCUGUGAAAGAUGCGUACAGUCUAGCUAACAAUCCUCAAUAUAAGCUGGAGGUUCAGUGUCCUAAAGGGGGCGCUGCGGUGUGGAUUCUGCUGAGUAGACACAUCACUGACAAGGAUGACUUUGCACACAAUCGAGAAUUCAUUACUUUGAUUGUUUACAACAAGACGGAUGGUAAAAAGAUUUACUACCCAGCUGACCCUGUCCCAUACAUUGAUGGAAUCCGAAUCAACAGCCCUCACUAUCUGACCAAGAUGACAUUGACGUCACCUGGCACCCACACAUUCACAUUAGUAGUAUCACAGUAUGAGAAGCAGAACACUAUCCACUAUACUCUCAGGGUUUAUGCAGGUUGCAAGUUUACAUUUUCCAAGAUUCCAACUCCAUACACAAUAAACAAACGGAUUAAUGGACAAUGGAAAGGUCAAAGUGCUGGAGGCUGUGGCAAUUUCAGAGACACUCACAAGAAUAACCCUGUUUACCAGUUUCAUUUGGAGAAAUCUGGACCGCUGUUGCUCGAACUACGAGGACCAAGACAGUACAGCGUUGGCUUUGAAGUUAUUACGGUGACUACAACAGGCGAUCCAGGGGCAUCGGGUUUCCAGAAGAAAAGCAGCGGUGAUUACAGGUGUGGAUUUUGCCAUUUGGAACUAGAGAACGUACCUGCCGGCACUUACAACAUUAUCCCUACCACAUUUUUGCCUGCUCAGGAAGGCCCUUUUUUCUUAGAUUUCAACAGUGUAAUACCCAUCAAAGUGUCACAGCUACAGUGAGAAGAAGAAUAAAAUCCAGAGCUGCUCAGGGUGGGCUUCCCUCAAUAAUCACUUUCCCAAGGAAUAAAGAUUGACCUGACUGCUACAACGUUUACAUGGCAUAAUGUUCAGGCUGGGGUAAUUUAAGUCCAGUAAAACCCAAAAUACACAAACAUGUACAAACUAUAUGUCCAAGUCCUUGAGUAGUUGCUAUUUUAUGAAAGGAUGUAAAAAAAAAUGGGUACAGCUGAUCAAAUCUGUACUUGAAUAUUUUACUGCAUAAUUUCAAAGAAUAGUGCUAUAAAAAUAUUUUUUCACCACUGUG